AUGUUCCAUCGUCAGCACAACCCUUGCGACCAUUGCAAUAGAAAUUCGAGGAUUCUUCAAUCCAUACUACGAAAUGGUACAACGUUGGGCUCAUUGAUGAUCAUAUUCUUGUUACUCACUGUUCCGAUUCAUGUUUUCGCUAAAUAUGAUGGAAAUACUGUGAGGUGGAGGAAUAACAUGAGCAUUAGGAAAAACAAAACAUUACAUUCGGAUUGGUUUCGAAAUCAUCCAAUUCAACCACAAGAGGAAUCGCUCAUAACUACUCGUUUUCAAAAUCGUCGAACACUGCCAGUGUUGAAUGAAUAUAACAAUUAUAAUUGCUCCUCGUAUGACAUUUUUGAACUCAUGUCCAAUGGAUGUCCAUUCCGAACAGAAUUAACUUUUAUUAUUGAUCCUGAUGUAUUAAUCACAAAUGGAGUUUUAUGUAACACGAUGGAUGAUCAACAAAUUAUUUGUCCUUCGUUACAAAAAGCAUUUAAUUUUUCUAGGCCAAUCAUUGAGCAAUUGUAUGAAAAAGCUAACUCGACACCGUGUACACAAGUUAUUCUGCGAAUUGUCAUUGUCAAAGAUUUAUUGGAUCAAGACGAAAAUUGUCAAAUUCCAUAUUCUUUUCCAGCCUAUUACCUCAUUCGAUACAAUUUUAGAGCAUCAGUAAUUUUUAUUUCUCAGUCACAUCAGCGGAAUGAAUACAAAUCAUUGGAUCAACAACCAUUAAUUAAUUGUUCGAGGCAUGAUGGGCGGAUUUUUGACACGAAUACAAACCUUGGACAGAUACAGUUAGUGACCGCAAUUGCAGUGAUCGGAAUGCGAAUGGAAAAUAUUAAGGUAGACUGCGUUUCCAUGGUGCAUGACUCCAAUAUGAAAAAUUUUGAAACUACCGAGUGCAAAAUUAUGCACAUACUUUAUUGUGGCGGAAAUAUUCAAAAUGUUUCUGUUACCUUUUCUGAACCAGAGAAAGUUGUUUUUGAAAACGUAACAAUGAGCUCUUCAACAGCUUCGUUUUUUGGAGCAGAUAGCUUUUCAUUGCAUGGAAGCUCAAUUUACAAGUCCGAUAUUUAUGCUCAAAACAUUGAUGAAAUUUCCAUUGUCGAAACAAACUGCUUCUCAACGUCUUUAUCACUAUCAGUGGUGAGAUCAGUGAAUAUUUCCAGCUCUGAAUUUACCGCUAUUGAUUCAACCAAUGCAAUGGGCAGUCCACCAAUAAUUAUACAUAUCAAUUUGGUAUUUUUCUUUUCGUUUGUAGAGAGCAAGGUGUAUAAUGUGAAUGCCAAAAUUGCAUUGUAUUUUGAAAAUUCAUAUUCUAUCGAUAUUACUAAUUCUCAAUUCUUUCACGGUAACUAUUCACAGUCUGCCGUUAGAGCAGAAAAUGUGGAUAACAUGAACAUGUACAACAUUCUUUUUGGACAGAAUAUUGGAAGAGAUUCAAUAGUGAACUUACUAGAAAUAGCCAACAUACAAGCGGAUUUUUGCCAUUUCUAUAACAAUCAAGUGAAGGUCUAUGGAACAAUAUUCAUAUCUUCAACAAAAGAUCCCUCUUACGCUUCCAUAUUACAAUGCACCUUCCGAAACAAUAGGGCUCGGGGAGGAGGUGCCAUAUUUGCAUCACGUAAAGUUCAUUUAACAGUCACGCUGUGUGUAUUUAAAGGAAAUAGAGCUCAGCUGUAUGGUGGAGCAAUUUACAAUACUCACAUAUCACAAAUUGAAAUCAAUAUGAGCAAAUUUUACAACAAUUCCGUUACGUAUCCGCCUAGCAUAGGAACGGAGCAGGACUCUUCCAAACAGAACUUCGGCUCAGGAGGUGCUCUUGCCUUAACUAUAGAACGUGACAUACCCGAGCAAGGCCGUGCACAAGUAUUGAUGUCCAAUGUAGACUGCCAUAAUAAUACAGCUAUCAGAGGUGGAUGCAUGUUUAUUGAAUCCGAUUCACGAACCAUUUUAGCUACCAUUUCGUUGGAGAACAAUACAGCAUACUACGCAGGUGGAGGUCUAUUCUUAAAAAACUCAACGAACAUCCUUACUGAAGACGACAUUACAUAUCAAGAUAAUAAGGUCAUUGUUGGAUAUGGGCAAAACAAAGCCACAACUAUUGCCAAAGUGGAAUGGCAAUUAAGAGACAUGGAUGACUACUCUUCUCCACUACACACAAAUUCGAUUUACUUGGGUCAAAAAUGUAAUUUAACUUUUACCAAGUUCUACGACAGCUAUGGUCAAAUAAUUUCACAAAAUGUUGAAUCGAUGGAUAUUUACAUUGUCAACGCAACGAAUUUAUUAAGAUUGACAUCAGUAGAAUCGAAUAAUGCUAACAGCGUUUUAUUUGACGUUGGAAUUGAUAUUGCCUAUACCUUUAUUCCAAAUAAUGUGACUCUCAUUGUGAAGUUCACAAAGCUUACAUUCCUCAUUGCUCUUCAACUCCGUACAUGCCCAUCCGAUUACGAAAUGUAUUCAAAUUUAGUGGUAGCUACAUGUAGAAGGAAAAGUAAUUUCAUCAUGUUUUUACCUCUCAUCAUUGUCCUCUCAGUACUGACGUUGUUGAUUGGUGUGAGUAUUGGAACCAUCAUGUCCGUGUUUAUAAGGCGUGUAAUGGUUAAAAUUAACAGAUUGAACGAAAGAGAAAAAGCUGAACGAGAAAUUGAAAAGAAAAUUAGAAGUCAAGAAAUUUCUUAUGUUGUGAAAGAUACAACUCCUCUUCUGGCAUCAAUGAAACAGUACGACCACCAGAGUUAUAUUAUUCCUUCCAACGAACUCGAGUUCGUAGAAAAGAUUGGAGCAGGAACCUUCGGUGUGUGUUUUAAAGCAAUUUUACAUGGCACCAGCGAAGUUGCUGUAAAAGUAAUUCAAGAAAAAACUGACGAAGAAUCUGUGAAUCAAGAUUUCGAAAAGGAAGUCUACUUAUUGAGCCAAUUACGAAAUCCACAUAUUGUGACCUUCUUUGGUGUGUGCCUCACGGAGUCUAAAAAGUUUAUUGUCGUUGAAUAUUUACAGAGAGGAAGUUUAGAAAAAUUAAUUACUGAAUGUAGAAAUGGAAAGUCCAAAAAGUUGGAUAUGGCAACUAAGCUUAAAAUACUAUUGGAUAUAUCUGCCGGAAUGAUUUAUUUACAUGGAAAGAAUAUCAUUCAUCGCGACUUGAAGCCUGCUAACAUUUUGCUUGCAGAUAAUGGAACUUCCAAGGUCUGUGAUUUUGGAACUUCUAAAUUGAUUUCUAACACUGACCGGUCAACCAUGACGUACAGCAUUGGAACACUCUUCUAUUCAUCACCAGAAUCAUUUAGUCAAGGAGAACAUCAACAACAUGCCAUUAAUGAAUAUAGUUUUGAGGAUGAUUCAAUAUCUUCAUCAGAUCUUGCAAAACGAACAGAUGUUUAUAGCUAUGCAAUUAUGAUGUGGGAAUUGUUUUUUGAGGAGUCACCCUAUGCUAAAUACACAGGUGAUAAGAUGAACAUGUUCGAUUCAGUUCCAUUUAAAUCAAGCCAUGACACUCAAAAUCAAUUGAUAAAUCCAUUUAGUAUUUGCCUUUUAGUGGUCUCAAAAGGUUUACGACCAAAAAUUCCCUUCCACAACAAACAACAAAUGUUGGAAUGGUGCAAUAUUUAUUUACCCAAUGUUGAUGUUGAAAUUGUUGAGCAAUAUUUUGAAUUGAUGAAGCGCUCGUGGUCAGGAGAUCCUAGAGAUCGACCAAAUUUUGAUUACAUUUAUGGAGUGAUUAAGAAGUUACAUUCAAGUUGUUCCUCAAAGAAAUAG